CUCUUUUUCUUUCUUAGAGGGAAUAAAGUUCAAGUGUUUGCUCUACUUUUCCACUGUGGGAGAUACAAAUAGUAGGCUGCUGAGACACGGCUAGGGAAAUGCUGUAUCCUAAACUUUAAGCGUUAAAUCCAUUUUCUAUGAGUUUCCAUUUAAUGACUCAGCAUUUCUGCUGUAAACAGAAAAACUGCAGACUAGGUUAGUUGACUAAAAGAUACUAUGUAGGAAUAACUGAGUAGCCUUUAAUUUUUCAUGUUAUCACAAUGGGAAGAGAACGUGGAUGCAGUAAAUGGAACCAGAGAGAUGGUGAACAGGGCCAAACACAGUGAAAUCACAUUUCACAGUUAAAACACCAUUAAGAAGACAAUAUGGGGACUCCUGGUUCUGGAAGGAAAAGGACGCCUGUAAAAGACCGAUUUUCUGCAGAAGAUGAAGCUUUGAGUAACAUUGCCAGAGAGGCAGAGGCAAGACUGGCAGCAAAACGGGCUGCCCGGGCAGAAGCAAGAGAUAUACGCAUGAGAGAACUGGAGCGACAACAAAAAGAGGGAGUUGAGGAUGCAUUGUCCAUUCGAAGUCUUGGCAGUCACAGGUUGGAUGAAAAAUCUGACAAACAGUAUGCUGAAAAUUACACAAGGCCUUCAUCUCGGAAUUCUGCCUCAGCAACAACCCCUCUAAGUGGAAACUCAUCCAGACGAGGGAGUGGAGACACCAGCAGCUUAGUGGAUCCAGACACCUCAUUAAGUGAAUUGCGGGAUAUCUAUGACCUUAAGGACCAGAUACAGGAUGUAGAAGGGAGAUACAUGCAAGGGCUUAAAGAACUAAAGGUAUCAGGGCCCAUUCUGCAGCCCAAGCAUGCUAUAUCUGAGUCUUUGUCCGAAGUGGAAGAAAAAUACAAGAAAGCAAUGGUUUCCAACGCACAGUUAGACAAUGAGAAGAACAAUUUGAUCUACCAGGUAGACACCCUCAAAGAUGUUAUUGAAGAACAGGAGGAACAGAUGGCAGAAUUUUAUAGAGAAAAUGAAGAAAAAUCAAAGGAGUUAGAAAGGCAGAAACAUAUGUGUAGUGUGCUGCAGCAUAAGAUGGAUGAACUUAAAGAAGGCCUUCGACAGAGAGAUGAGCUCAUUGAGGAGAAUCAACGAAUGCAGCAGAAAAUAGACACCGUGACAAAAGAGGUGUUUGACCUCCAGGAGACACUCCUGUGGAAAGAUAAAAAUAUUAGGGCCCUAGAGAAACAGAAAGAAUACAUUGCCUGCCUUAGGAAUGAGCGCGAUACGCUCAGAGAGGAGCUGGCUGACCUGAAGGAGACAGUGAAGACAGGAGAGAAACGUGGCUUAGUUAUAAUCCCUGAUGGCACUCCCAAUGGGGAUGUCAAUCAUGAACCAGUGGUGGGAGCCAUCACCGUGGUGUCUCAGGAGGCUGCUCAGGUCUUGGAGUCUGCAGGAGAGGGUCCACUAGAUGUCAGGCUACGAAAACUUGCUGGAGAAAAGGAAGAGCUACUGUCACAGAUCCGAAGGCUGAAGCUGCAGCUGGAGGAGGAGCGGCAGAAGUGCUCUCGGAGUGAGGGCUCGGCAGCAGACAUGGCGGGGCUGCACAAUGGUUCUGACCUGCAGUUCAUCGAGAUGCAGAGAGAUGCCAAUAGACAAAUUAGUGAAUAUAAAUUUAAGCUUUCAAAGGCAGAACAGGAUAUAACCACAUUGGAGCAGAGUAUCAGCCGGCUCGAGGGCCAGGUGCUGAGGUAUAAGACCGCUGCGGAGAAUGCCGAGAAGGUGGAGGAUGAACUGAAGGCGGAAAAGAGGAAGCUACAGCGAGAGUUACGAACAGCACUGGACAAGAUUGAGGAGAUGGAGAUGACCAACAGCCACCUGGCCAAGCGGCUGGAGAAGAUGAAGGCCAACAGGACAGCACUUCUGGCCCAGCAGUAGGAGGCUAUCCUCUGGCCUGGGUGCUGCUCCUGGGGCCCCUCCCAGAGGGACUGACUUUUUGUCCAUUGACACAGACCCCCUUCAGUACUGUUUGAGUUUUGUCAUUAAAAUAGCCACCUUUGUAUUUUAUAAUUUAUGAGAGAAUGAAACAGGUUUGAAUCUUCAUGAAUGAACACUUUGGAUUUCGCUUGUAGUUUGAUUCUAGACUAAGAACUGGUCCAUGCUGUUUUUAUUUUUUAUUUCCAUAAUUUUAGAAUCAAGUUUACUCACCACUUUUCCCCAACUGCCUCAGUGACUGGGCACUCGGGAGGCCUUGGCACGGGUUCCAGAGGACAGCAACUCUGUGAGUGCCCAAUGAGAUAACUCGGCUGGAGACCUCGGAAAACACAAGUGCCUUCUCCACGGUGCAAUUCAGACUUCAGUCAUCUCCAAGUGUCAAAAGACACUUACCCUUGAUUUCAGAUAGCAUUUAUAUUUUAGUGAAGAACCAAGUUCACAGGUGGGGAAUAUAUGUUUCACUCAAAUUUCUAUGUUUGGAGGAAAAAGCCUUUUUUUGUAAAAUAUUUAAAUUUAUAUAAGAAAAUGUUAGAAAAAGAUAUGGGGAGUGUAUAUAAAACUUGCUUUAUUGCAUGUGGCCGGGCAAGUCCAAAGCCUAACACUCUUAAAGUAAGAGCAGGGCCCUUCGUCUUCAACAUCAGCUGUGCUGUAUCUCAUGUAAAGUAUCUCAUCUGCUGCUGCUUUGUGGAAUGGAACCUCAGACAGGCCCGGCAGGGUGGGGGGAGCAGGCAGGCGGGAGGUCGGCCUGAAGACUCUAUUAAAAUACACCCUCUUGCUGACCACA